CCCAUGUCUGCUCAAGUCAACGUAACGUAUAUUACCCUUGACGGUCAUGUUGACGUGGACAGUUACAGAUAUCUUUACUUUGUUGUCAUGUUUGCAGCUUAUAUCCUGAUCAUUUGUUGUAACGGCACGAUUGUGUGUGUGAUUGUGACUCAGCAGAACCUCCACGAGCCCAUGUACGUGUUGGUCGCAGCGUUGUUGUUCAACUCUCUUCUGUUGAGCACAAACAUUUACCCAAAGCUGCUGCUGGACUUUUUAUCCGAGCAGCAGAUCAUCUCAUACUCAGCGUGUCUCUUCCAGUGUUUCCUUUAUUACUCUCUAAGUGGUUCAGAGUUCCUGCUGUUGUCGGCCAUGGCCUACGACAGGUACGUGUCCAUAUGUAAACCUCUGCAGUAUCAGACCAUCAUGAGCAGAUCCACAGUGUGUGUUCUGCUGCUGUGUGCGUGGCUGCUUCCCGUUUGUCAGACUGCUGCUCCAGUCAUUGCUCGGAUCCACAACAAACUCUGCACUUUUUCUUUGAACGGGAUUUUGUGCAAUAAUUCAGUCCAUAAUCUUUACUGUGUGACGUCCAGAGUGUUGUCCAUAUAUGGUGUGGUUGUCCUCAUUGACCUGGUGAUCGUUCCCAUGUUCUUCAUCCUGUUCACGUACACAAACAUCCUGAUCAUCUCCUACAGGAGCUCUAAGAGUGUCAGGACCAAGGCGGCUCAGACCUGUUUACCUCACCUGCUGGUUCUGAUCAACUACUCCUGUCUGAUCACCUACGACGUCACUAUCGUCAAACUGGACUCCGAUUUGCCAAAACUGGCUCGUUUUGUGAUGACGCUGCAGAUGCUGGUGUAUAAUCCUCUCUUUAAUCCCAUCAUAUACGGACUGAAGAUGAAGGAGAUUUACAAACACCUCCGACGGUUGUUCUGUCGCAUCAAAGUGAACGGAUGAAUCAACCAUUCACUCACUCACUCACUCACUGAUGACUGUUCAGAUCAUUUCAG